GAUUUUGCUAAAGAAGUAGACGGAUUACUUCGAAUUGGAGCUGUUAACUGUGGCGAUGAUAGAAUGCUUUGCCGAAUGAAAGGAGUCAACAGUUAUCCCAGCCUCUUCAUUUUUAGAUCUGGAAUGGCUGCAGUGAAAUAUCACGGAGACAGAUCAAAGGAAAGUUUAGUGAGUUUUGCCAUGCAACAUGUAAAAAGCACAGUGACAGAACUUUGGACAGGAAAUUUUGUUAAUGCCAUACAAACUGCUUUUGCUGCUGGUAUUGGCUGGCUGAUCACUUUUUGUUCCAAAGGAGGAGGUAAUUUUAUUUGUUAUUUUGUUAUGAUGAAGAGAUCACAUUUAAAUCUCAGUAAAAUUCUUGAUGGUCUUGUUAAUGUAGGAUGGAUGGACUGUGCCACCCAGGACAACCUUUGUAAAAGUUUGGAUAUUACAACGAGUACUACUGCUUAUUUUCCUCCUGGAGCCAGUUUAAAUAAUAAAGAGAAAAGCAGUGUUUUGUUUCUUAAUUCAUUGGAUGCUAAAGAAAUAUAUUUGGAAAUAAUACGUUAUCUUCCAGAUUUUGAACUACUUUCGGCAAACACACUAGAGGUAAUGUUUUUAUUAAUAAUAAUAAAUGGCAAUAAAUGUUGGUAACAUUUCACAGAAUUGAAAGUAGCAAUUUCAAAGGAUUAUAUAUUCGUUGGCAGGUUUGACUGUUCCUCUGCACCAGACAUCUGUAGUAAUCUCUAUGUUUUCCAGCCAUGUCUAGCAGUAUUUAAAGGACAGGGAACCAAAGAAUAUGAAAUUCAUCAUGGAAAGAAGAUUCUAUAUGAUAUACUUGCCUUUGCCAAAGAAAGUGUUAAUUCUCAUGUCACCACACUUGGACCUCAAAAUUUUCCUGCCAGUGACAAAGAACCAUGGCUUGUUGAUUUCUUUGCCCCUUGGUGUCCACCAUGUCGAGCUUUACUGCCAGAGUUACGAAGAGCCUCAAAUCUUCUUUAUGGCCAGCUUAAAUUUGGUACUCUAGAUUGUACAGUUCAUGAAGGACUCUGUAACAUGGAUCUUAUGAAUCCUUCAGUGGUAUCCCUUACACCCACUACUUUCAACGAACUUGUUAAACAAAGAAAAUACGACGAAGUCUGGAUGGUUGAUUUUUAUUCUCCGUGGUGUCAUCCAUGUCAAGUUUUAAUGCCAGAAUGGAAAAGAAUGGCCCGGACAUUAACUGGACUGAUCAAUGUUGGCAGUAUAGACUGUCAACAAUAUCAUUCCUUUUGUGCCCAAGAAAAUGUUCACAGAUACCCUGAGAUAAGAUUUUUUCCCCAAAAAUCAAAUAAAGCUUAUGAGUAUCAUAGUUACAAUGGUUGGAAUAGGGAUGCUUAUUCCCUAAGAAUUUGGGGUCUAGGGUUUUUACCUCAAGUGUCCACAGAUCUAACACCUCAGACUUUCAAUGAAAAAGUUUUACAAGGAAAGAAUCACUGGGUGGUUGAUUUCUAUGCUCCUUGGUGUGGACCUUGCCAAAAUUUUGCUCCGGAAUUUGAGCUCUUGGCUAGGAUGAUUAAAGGAAAAGUGAAAGCUGGGAAAGUGGACUGUCAGGCUUAUGCUCAAACGUGCCAGAAAGCUGGUAUCAGAGCCUAUCCAACUGUGAAAUUUUAUUUCUAUGAAAGAGCAAAGAGAGAUAUUUUAGAAGAGCAAAUAAAUACCAGAGAUGCAAAAGCGAUUGCUACCUUAAUAUAUGAAAAAUUAGAAACUCUCCAAAAUCAAGGAAAGAGAAAUAAGGAUGAACUUUGAUGAUGAAGAAAAAAUUGAAGAGAAAUUCUGACAAAUGACAUCAGAAGACACCUUCAUUAGAAUGUCAGUACGUUCAUGGUUAGGAAUAAGUGAACGUUAUCUUGGACUUGUAAUUGCACUGCCUGAAUUCUGUACAGCAUUGGUGUGAAUGAAGGGUCUGCAAGUUUUUUUCUGUAAAAGGCCAGAUCAUAAAUAUUUUAAGGUUUGCAGACCAUAAAAGGUUCUUGUCACAUAUUCUUCUUUUUUGUUUUGUUGUUGUUUUCUAAACAGCCUUAUUAAAAAAUACAAAAACCAUUUUUAGCUCAGGGCCAUACAAACAUAGGCCACAAGCCAAAUUCAGCCCAUGGGCCACAGAUUGCUAGAAAUGAUGUUUCGUGUGACUAGCUGCAAAAUGAGCCUGCUCUGCAUUAUCUACAUAAUGUCUAAAGAUGUACAAAGCACACUUUUUCACCUAGUUCUGUGGCUGGCCUGAAAAGAGGUAACUUGGUUUUCAGUCACCUGUUCUAAAAAUUCUGUCUCUGACUAUAUAUUUCAUCGUAAAAACACUCAAAAUGCAGAAAAAUAAACAGAUACCUGUUUUCAUGCUGUAUUAUAAAGAUAUUAUUCAUUGUUUUCUUUCCUUUUUAAAGGUUGAAGAAAUGCUAAUUUUUCACAACUGAGAAAUUUUUUUUAACACUAAGUGUACAAAUUCUAUAGAUAUAUAUCAUCCAGAAAAACAUGACAGAAAAAGAUGUAUAGAAAUUAACUGGACAUUGUAGAGUAUCCCAGAUAUAUCAAGUAUUUAGAGUUCUAUAUUUGGAAUAUAUAUGAGUCAUUUAUUUUCUGAAAUGUCUUUCAUAAAAAUUUUCUCACUGAUAGCUGAUUUUUUUUUUUUUGAAGCAUCUAAUUUUUAAGCUUUUUGGAAUUUGUUUUGACCUAUAUUCUUUAUUUACACUGGUUUGCUUUUUUCAUAGUUCUGGUUUUUUCAUUCUUUUUUAUUCAUUAUUCAAGUAGGAAAAAUAAUUUUACAGGUUUGUUUCACUGUAGCUCAUAAUGAUCCUGUGGUUAUUCCAGUUAUUAGUAUACUGUCAGAGGCUGCCUUUUUUAGAUAAAUAUGGGUGUAAUAACUAAAGUUAUUUUUAUAAGAAAAUCAAGUAUAUAAAUCUAAGAGUGGGAUUUUUUAGUUUCAGAUCUGUUCAUACUCAAUCACAAAAUUUUUUCCUUGCAUUUAACAAAUUGUGAGUAACAUGUAGAUGUUUGGUUAUAAUUCAAGAGUGUAUGAAAUGAUAAAAAUCCCAGUUGCUCAAAAGAAGUCAAUGAAUAAAAAAAACCCUUUGAUUUUUCAAAAAACUUA